GGUGGCGUUUGCCGAGGACUCGGGCGACUCCGACGAGGCGCCCGAGUCGAAGAAGGACCAGUAGGCGCGGCGCGGGCGCAGCCGUUUAUGGGCGCGGGGCGGCCGGGACCUGGUGCCGGGGCGUGGGAAGAAGGCCCGACAAGACGCGUGCGUGAGGCCGGGGCGAGAGCGCCGGUGGAAGGAUGUGCCGGGCUCGCCGUGGCACGUGUGGAUUUGUACACACGACAGUUGUUGUUUGUUCAGACGGGAGGUGGGCCGGCGGCGACAUGGCGUAUAUAUGGCAGAUACACAUCUCUCCCACCUGGUGGCAGUCAUCUGAAGCAGAAGGGCGUGGCUGCACGCAUGUACGAGCACCGCCCACAUGUCCUGGUCUGCCGGGGCGUUCGGCGGGAUUCGUCCUAUGGCUCCGUGGAUCUGGGUGGUCCUGAAUGGCUCCGAAAGGGCACCGGCAGACUCGGGUGCAGUUCCACACACCCGGGUGUGGCGGCACAGCACUAGUAGCCAAGCGUUGGUAUUGCCUAUAUACCCAUGCCUAUAUAUCAUGCCUAUAUCCAUGCCUAUAUAUCCAUGCCUAUGUACCCAUGCCUAUAUAUCAUGCCUAUAUCCAUGCCUAUAUAUACAUGCCUAUGUACCCUUGCCUAUAUAUCCACGCCUAUGUACCCUUGCCUAUAUAUCCAUGCCUAUGUACCCUUGCCUAUAUAUCCACGCCUAUAUAUCCACGCCUAUAUAUCCUUGCCUAUAUAUCCACGCCUAUAUAUCCUUGCCUAUAUAUCCAUGCCUAUAUAUCCACGCCUAUAUAUCCAUGCCUAUAUCCAUGCCUAUAUAUCCAUGCCUAUGUACCCAUGCCUAUAUAUCCACGCCUAUGUACCCAUGCCUAUAUAUCCACGCCUAUAUAUCCUUGCCUAUAUCCAUGCCUAUAUAUCCAUGCCUAUGUACCCAUGCCUAUAUAUCCACGCCUAUAUAUCCACGCCUAUAUAUCCACGCCUAUAUAUCCACGACUAUAUAUCCUUGCCUAUAUCCAUGCCUAUAUAUCCAUGCCUAUGUACCCAUGCCUAUAUAUCCACGCCUAUAUAUCCUUGCCUAUAUAUCCACGCCUAUAUAUCCUUGCCUAUAUCCAUGCCUAUAUAUGGAUGGAGUGAGAGCGGGCACAUCCGCCACGUAUACCAGAAAUCAAUGCAACUGCACAAUGCAAUCAGACGAACCAAUGGCGCCUCCACCUAGACCACCUAUUCAUGCCGUGAAUUCCUGUAUGUCUGUGCUGUGUACUUGUGCUGUGUACUUGUGCUGUGCACCUGGGCAAUACAUCUGGCUCCGCAACAUGCAGAUACGUACUGGGGAGAUCAUAAACUAGAAUUAAAACAGGGCCCCGUUCCAUGCACCCUGAGCUCACCGAUCGGGCAGUACUGCCCACAUAUCAGACCCAUCGGACAAUGUGUCUGAAUACGCCCGCGCCCAGGGCCCAUGCAAGCUCAUGGAACAUGGGCAAAUAUGCUUAUUGCAAUACCUUCAUACCAUGCCACCGUAUUAAUACCACGAACCUACAUGACACAUUUCUGUCCACGUG